AUGAAGCUCUCCACCCUCGCGCGUGGCCUAUUAAUCCAUGGCUCCCUAGCGACUGCAUACGCCCCAGGCCUUGAACUCGUCUACUCGCUCGAGCGUGCUACCCAAGGCAUCUUCAUCUCCGCCUCUGGCCGCAAAUUUCUCUCCCAGCGUUACUCCACCACCUUGCCACCGCAGACCGUGGAGCUCCUCAACGACAACACCACAGUCCUAUAUCCCGACGCUGCCUGGAACUCCUACAACGCCAGCAACCCAGAGUCGAAUCCUCGCAAGCAGUUCGUGAGCAUCGACGGCGCGCGGAUCGGUCCUGACGGCCGCUACUGGCUCGUGGACGGUGGCUCACAGGGCGUCAACGGUAGCACGAAACUAGUUGGUGUGAACCUCUCCAACGACACCGUGGACCGUAUCUACUACCUAGACUCAAUCUUCGCCUCGAACAGCGGCAUCGACGACGUGCGCUUCAACGCCGGUAGGGAUGUAGCCUACCUGAGCGACACCGCCGGCGCUCUGCUCGUCCUCAACCUAAUCACCGGAAAUGGCGUGCGUGUACUCGCUAACGAUCCAUCGGCGACUGCAUACUACCCCAUGUCCUACAACGGAUCUCUCGUCCCCGGCUACGGCGCCGCGGGCAGCACGUUGGCAGUCGGGCUAGACCAGAUCGAAGUCUCACCGGAUGGCACGUACCUCUAG